CGCUGAACAAAGUCGACUACUUUGCGAGACGUCUCUUUCCCAACCAUGUUGCAGCUGUGCACUUUGCUCGUGACCAGGUGAGGGUCUGGUGGAGAUACUCACCUGCUGGGCGCGCAACACUACCAGUAGCCCGCGGAGAGUCUGCGAGGGGACCACGGUAACAUCCUUCGACGAAGUCACGGUCGAGCAGCGCCAGCGGUGCAGAUUGUUCACCCGCUCAUUCAGUGCGUUGCUGAGAGACUUUACACCUCCUCUUUCAGACAUCUCCUGGUUGUGCAGCCCAUUCCUCUCUUACUGACCAUAGCGUGAGACUCGGCUAGCAAAUGGCAAGCAAUAACAUGUUCGUCUUCGGCGCAGGGGGCGGACAGCAAGUUCCUGUCAUUCCAGGCCAACACGCGCCACAGAACGCACUUCCCCCGGUCAAAUCGGUCCAACAAGCCUUGUCUCAGGAUACUGCUCAACCGAUUGCUAUGUCGGGCAAUCUAGCGGACGCGCUGAAGGGUAUCCCGCCCGAACAGCUCUUCCAAAUCAUCUCGAUGGUACAGUCAGGCGCGCUGCAGUUACCUUCACUUCCUUCGAAUGCACAGCCAGGCGCGCCAGCCCAGGUAACAAUGCCCGCGCCGCCUCUUGUGCAGCCAUCUAGCAAUCACGGUGCUCCUGCCGCGCGUAUUCAAGAUGUAGACAUGGACAGGGAAGAGGGCGAGCUUGAGGAUGGCGAAGAAGCAGGGCCCGUCAGGGAGCGGGAUUUCUUGCGACCUCCACCAACAGGUCCGCGCAUACGAAGCGUAUCGCCUAGUGGUGGGUCCACGCGACAGCAGCCCAACGGCACGCGGGUCGUCCGGCAACCACCUCAGUCAAGGCCUGAUCAAGUACGCAGUAAUGGCGUACAGCCCGAAGGGGUGGCAAACGGCAUUGCACACGUUAGCUCGAACAAGAUAACGACCAAUGCUCGCGGAAAAGUGGUCGAUGCUCGCGCUCGAGCUCGGGCUUUCGUGCUUCAGAUGCACAAUGCCGGUUACACUUUUGACCAGCUCGCUAACGAGAUUCCCAAUAAGAACGCUCUGCGGCGAAUGUACAAGAGUCUCGGUCUUCCACUUCCUGCUGAAGGUGGCGACAAGAAAGAUCUUGGCCCAGUUUCGGCUGUGCUGCAGCCGACGCAACCACAGAAGUCAACACCGCACGCGCCGUCUGCACCGCAUCCGAUUAUGCAGAUACAUAGCCAAGUGACUCAGCCGCCCUCAGUACUAGGUGAGCCACGGCCCGCAGAACUUCCGAUCAAGAAAGCUCCGGCCCCGAAGCCUACUGCAUCGAGCAGGGAAGAGUAUCUGGCAAGGCUCGCUGCUGUGAAGUCCAAAGCCAAGAAUGUCAACCCAAAGUCCACGCUCGAGGCUACAGCUUCGGAGUCCUCAGGCGCUGCACCUGCGCCUGCACCCGCACCCACACCGAUCCUUGAGGUUUCUCACGCUGCUGCCAAGCCAACCUUUACCGCUCAGUCAGCACAAAUACCGAUUGCCGAUGCUUCUAGCACUGCGUCCACCUUUCCUGCUCAGCCACUCACUCCAUCAGUAGCUACUGCACCAACCAAGCCUCCUCCGGCUGCUGGCAAGAUUCAGACUGAGCUGAUCAAACAAAGACUGGCAGCGCUGAAAGCUUCUCAAGCUGCGAAGGCGCAUGCAGCUAAGCGGUCAAGUGACGUUGCGCCGAGCUCCAGUCCGGCGCCCAUGGCGAGUGCUACUAUCAGUAUGUCUCAGCCGCCCGCUCAACAUGCUGUGACGGGAGGUGUUGGUAGUGGGAUUGCAGACUUAGCAAGCAGCAAGCCAGCACCCGCCACUAACCAAAUACAGCCUCCACAAGUUCAGUCUAUGCAGGCGCCUCCACUGCCGCUUCCGACAGCGGCCCCGCCAGCAUCGCCACCAGCAAGCCGUCUGUUUUCACUGCCCGGCUUGUUUGUGGCGAGUCCGCCAGUACAGCAACUCGCUCGCCCAGCUCAACCUUUUUCGCCACUUCCACCUGUUACAUCCACCACUGCCAAGACGUACGCAGACAAAACUGCAUCUUCGCCUACCACGCUGAACCUCAAUCGAAAGCGUGCAGUGGCUGCUGAUUUCGAUGGUGACGUUAUGGUAGACUCUGCGCCAAGCGCACCCAAACGUCCAGCUUUCGGCCAAAGUCGAAGCAACAGCGAGAGCGAGCGUCUCGUCAUCGAGGUUAGCGAUAACGAAGACGGUGACGAUGACAUGGAAAUUGACACCGAGCCUGCAUCCACCACUACAAUUGCGCCGCAGAUUGUUAUGCGUACACCCGAAGGCCCGUCUCUUUUUGGAAGCUUCACAAUCGCGCCAGGUCGAGGCACACCCUCAACCUUGAAUGAAGCCGAUCGGCGUAAGAUGAUAAACGAGCUUAACCGCCAGAUUGCAGAAAAGGAAGCCAAGCGGAAGGCGAAGAUUGCCGCUCAAGCCUCCUCAACUUCGGUUUCUGGACAGACCACGCCGACUACCAAGCGUGCUACACCGACGACUCUACCAAACGCUGUCAAUGGUCUCCUUGUGCCAGCUGUCGAGCAUAGCAGAACUGUCCCUACUGCAGCCGCACAGAUCUUGUCUCCUGUUGCUGUGGCACGCCAACAAGAGCGCGCGCAGCUCGAGCAGCGUUUGAAGCAACUACAAGAAGAGGCUGCUCGCCGCAAUGGCGUAGCUUCGGUAAUACAGCCAAGUGUCAUUCCCGCCGCUGCGCUCCCGGAAACACCUGCUGCCCCUGUUGUUGAGCUUAAAGACGUGCAGCAGAAUGCCGGAAUUCCUAACGCGGGCGAAGGCAAGGAGAGUGCAGAUGAGGCAGAUAUUGACGAUGAGACGGCCGACUUGUACAGCGAGGAUGAUCAGAAAGGCGCGGAUGUUGACGUCCGGGUAGAUGACGGCACUAUAGGUUCACCGGCGGUUACCAUGAGCGAACCCGGCAAUAUCAGCAAUGCUGCGGUGACGUUAUCAGGCCAAGCACAAUCUCUUGCCACAACGAAUGGUGAGAGGCCAAACGCUGAUCCUCCAACGGCGGCGGUGGCGGACUUAGCCAAGACGGUUACCUCGGACGACACGGACAUGGCUCUGACAGAUGUCGAGGAGCAGAACGAAGCCGUGGACGAGGCUGCGGACAACGACGAAGUUUCCGACCGGUCGGCUGGAGACGGCGUCUUUAUCAUCAAAGACCGACUAACGCACGACACACUAGGCCAGGCUGAAGAUACGUCGGACGCUUCGUCAACCAAUACCGACGAUGCGAUGUCUGAGUCGGAUGAGGAAGAGAUCAAGACAUCCGCACGAAUCCAUCCUAACGGCAAUGCGCAUCAGAAGGACCGCAUGGACCAUGAUGCAAUAUCUGAGUCACUUGAAGUGGACAUUGAUGGAACUCUACCAGCUGCAUCUGCCAAGGGUAACCACCAACAAGAGGAGGACGAAGCUGAUGAGAGUGAAGAGUUUUACGAGCCGACGGUGCCUGACCAUGCAGUGUCUGAUGCAGACGGUGACGCCACGACUCGCGUUUCUGAGGCUAUUGCAGAAGGAGGAUCUCUCUACGAGCCAGUCGCCACGGAGCAAGCUACGAUGAAGGACUUUAGUCACGACGUAACACAAAGCUUGAUGCUACCUGGCAUAUCUGACGUCCAAGCCAUCAGUCCACCGGUCGGUACUGCAGGAGUCAUGGAGGUUGCUGAUGACGUAGCACCUGAGCUACAACAGCCAAGAGCCGAGCAGACUGCUGUCGAAGAUGAUCAGGUGCGUGAGGACUCCGACUGGUCGGACAUCUACUGAUGUUAGACUGUACUCCCUGAGUAGGAUUCACACCCGAAUUCAUACUAUCAACCCUACGUCAGCCCUUUGAAGUGGUUCAAGGACUACCGCUUCCACCCGGACUACCUCGAAC